AUGGACCGGUCUCGCUGCUGCGGACAGUGGACCGGUCUCGUUGCUGCGGACAGUGGACCGGUCUCGCUGCUGCUGACAGUGGACCAGUCUCACUGCUGUGGACCGGUUUCACUGCUGUGGACCGGUUUCACUGCUGCGGACUGUGGACCGUGGACCGGUCUUGCUACCGCGGACAGUGGACCGGUCUCGCUGCCGCGGACAGUGGACCGGUCUCGCUGCCGCGGACAGUGGACCGGUCUCGCUGCCGCUGACAGUGGACCGGUCUCGCUGCUGCUGACAGUGGACCGGUUUCACUGCUGUGGACCGGUUUCACUGCUGCGGACAGUGGACCGGUCUCACUGCUGCGGACCGGUUUUGCUGCUGCUGACAGUGGACCGGUCUUGCUGCUGCGGACAAUGGACCGGUCUCGCUACUGCGGACAGUGGACCGGUCUCACUGCUGUGGACAAUGGACCGGUCUCGCUACUGCGGACAGUGGACCGGUUUCACUGCUGCUGACAGUGGACCAGUCUCACUGCUGUGGACCGGUUUCACUGCUGUGGACCGGUUUCACUGCUGCGGACUGUGGACCGGUUUUGCUGCUGCUGACAGUGGACCGGUCUCGCUACUGCGGACAGUGGACCGGUCUCACUGCUGUGGACCGGUUUUGCUGCUGACAGUGGACCGGUCUCGCUGCCGCGGACAGUGGACCGGUCUCGCUGCCGCUGACAGUGGACCGGUCUCGCUGCUGCUGACAGUGGACCGGUUUCACUGCUGUGGACCGGUUUCACUGCUGCGGACAGUGGACCGGUCUCACUGCUGCGGACCGGUUUCGCUGCUGCUGACAGUGGACCGGUCUUGCUGCUGCGGACAAUGGACCGGUCUCGCUACUGCGGACAGUGGACCGGUCUCACUGCUGCGGACCGGUUUCGCUGCUGCGGACAGUGGACCGGUCUCACUGCUGCGGACCGGUUUCGCUGCUGCGGACAGUGGACCGGUCUUGCUGCUGCGGACAAUGGACCGGUCUCGCUACUGCGGACAGUGGACCGGUCUCACUGCUGCGGACCGGUCUCACUGCUGCGGACAGUGGACCGGUCUCCCUGCUGAAACCUUACUCUGCGUCUGCGUCUCACUCUGCGUCUGCGCCUCACUCUGGUCUGCGCCUCACUCUGCGUCUCACUCUGCGUCUCACUCUGGUCUGCGCCUCACUCUGGUCUGCGCCUCACUCUGCGUCUGCGCCUCACUCUGUGUCUGCGUCUCACUCUGCGUCUGCGCCUCACUCUGGUCUGCGCCUCACUCUGCGUCUGCGUCUCACUCUGCGUCUGCGUCUCACUCUGGUCUGCGCCUCACUCUGGUCUGCGCCUCACUCUGGUCUGCGCCUCACUCUGCGUCUGCGCCUCACUCUGGUCUGCGCCUCACUCUGCGCCCGCGCCUCCACUCUGCGUCUGCGCCUCACUCUGCGUCUGAGCCUGACUUUGCGUCUGCGCCUCACUCUGCGUCUGCGCCUCACUCUGCGUCUGCGCCUCACUCUGUGUCUGCGCCUCACUCUGGUCUGCGUCUCACUCUGCGUCUGCGUCUCACUCUGCGUCUGCGCCUCACUCUGCGUCUGCGCCUCACUCUGCGUCUGCGCCUCACUCUGCGUCUGCGUCUCACUCUGGUCUGCGCCUCACUCUGCGUCUGCGUCUCACUCUGGUCUGCGUCUCACUCUGCGUCUGCGCCUCACUUUGCGUCUGCGCCUCACUCUGCGUCUGCGCCUCACUCUGCGUCUGCGCCUCACUCUGCGUCUGCGUCUCACUCUGCGUCUGCGCCUCACUCUGCGUCUGCGCCUCACUCUGGUCUGCGCCUCACUCUGCGUCUGCGCCUCACUCUGGUCUGCGCCUCACUCUGCGUCUGCGUCUCACUCUGCGUCUGCGCCUCACUCUGCGUCUGCGCCUCACUCUGCGCCUCACUCUGCGUCUGCGCCUCACUCUGGUCUGCGUCUCACUCUGCGUCUGCGCCUCACUCUGGUCUGCGUCUCAGCCUCACUCUGCGUCUGCGUCUCACUCUGCGUCUGCGCCUCACUCUGCGUCUGCGUCUCACUCUGCGUCUGCGUCUCACUCUGCGUCUGCGCCUCACUCUGGUCUGCGUCUGCGUCUCACUCUGCGUCUGCGUCUCACUCUGCGUCUGCGCCUCACUCUGCGUCUGCGCCUCACUCUGCGUCUGCGUCUCACUCUGGUCUGCGUCUCACUCUGCGUCUGCGCCUCACUCUGCGUCUGCGUCUCACUCUGGUCUGCGCCUCACUCUGCGUCUGCGUCUCACUCUGCGUCUGCGCCUCACUCUGCGUCUGCGCCUCACUCUGCGCCUCACUCUGGUCUGCGUCUCACUCUGCGUCUGCGCCUCACUCUGCGUCUGCGCCUCACUCUGCGUCUGCGCCUCACUCUGCGUCUGCGCCUCACUCUGGUCUGCGCCUCACUCUGGUCUGCGUCUCACUCUGCGUCUGCGUCUCACUCUGCGUCUGCGCCACACUCUGGUCUGCGUCUCACUCUGCGUCUGCGUCUCACUCUGCGUCUGCGCCUCACUCUGCGUCUGCGCCUCACUCUGCGUCUGCGCCUCACUCUGCGUCUGCGUCUCACUCUGGUCUGCGUCUCACUCUGCGUCUCACUCUGGUCUGCGUCUCACUCUGCGUCUGCGCCUCACUCUGCGUCUGCGCCUCACUCUGCGUCUGCGUCUCACUUUGCGUCUGCGCCUCACUCUGCGUCUGCGUCUCACUCUGGUAUGCGCCUCACUCUGCGUCUGCGUCUCACUCUGCGUCUGCGCCUCACUCUGCGUCUGCGCCUCACUCUGCGCCUCACUCUGGUCUGCGUCUCACUCUGCGUCUGCGCCUCACUCUGCGUCUGCGCCUCACUCUGCGUCUGCGCCUCACUCUGCGUCUGCGCCUCACUCUGCGUCUGCGUCUCACUCUGCGUCUGCGCCUCACUCUGCGUCUGCGCCUCACUCUGGUCUGCGCCUCACUCUGGUCUGCGUCUCACUCUGCGUCUGCGCCUCACUCUGCGUCUGCGCCUCACUCUGGUCUGCGCCUCACUCUGGUCUGCGCCUCACUCUGCGUAUGAGCCUUACUCUGCGUCUGCGUCUCACUCUGCGUCUGCGCCUCACUCUGGUCUGCGCCUCACUCUGCGUCUCACUCUGCGUCUGCGUCUCACUCUGGUCUGCGCCUCACUCUGGUCUGCGCCUCACUCUGCGUCUGCGCCUCACUCUGUGUCUGCGUCUCACUCUGCGUCUGCGCAUCACUCUGGUCGCGCCUCACUCUGCGUCUGCGUCUCACUCUGCGUCUGCGUCUCACUCUGGUCUGCGCCUCACUCUGGUCUGCGCCUCACUCUGGUCUGCGCCUCACUCUGCGUCUGCGCCUCACUCUGCGCCUGCGCCUCACUCUGGUCUGCGCCUCACUCUGCGCCCGCGCCUCACUCUGCGUCUGCGCCUCACUCUGCGUCUGAGCCUGACUUUGCGUCUGCGCCUCACUCUGCGUCUGCGCCUCACUCUGCGUCUGCGUCUCACUCUGGUCUGCGCCUCACUCUGCGUCUGCGUCUCACUCUGGUCUGCGUCUCACUCUGCGUCUGCGCCUCACUUUGCGUCUGCGCCUCACUCUGCGUCUGCGCCUCACUCUGCGUCUGCGCCUCACUCUGCGUCUGCGUCUCACUCUGCGUCUGUGCCUCACUCUGCGUCUGCGCCUCACUCUGGUCUGCGCCUCACUCUGCGUCUGCGCCUCACUCUGGUCUGCGCCUCACUCUGCGUCUGCGUCUCACUCUGCGUCUGCGCCUCACUCUGCGUCUGCGCCUCACUCUGCGCCUCACUCUGCGUCUGCGCCUCACUCUGGUCUGCGUCUCACUCUGCGUCUGCGCCUCACUCUGGUCUGCGUCUCAGCCUCACUCUGCGUCUGCGCCUCACUCUGCGUCUGCGCCUCACUCUGCGUCUGCGUCUCACUCUGCGUCUGCGUCUCACUCUGCGUCUGCGCCUCACUCUGGUCUGCGUCUGCGUCUCACUCUGCGUCUGCGUCUCACUCUGCGUCUGCGCCUCACUCUGCGUCUGCGCCUCACUCUGCGUCUGCGUCUCACUCUGGUCUGCGUCUCACUCUGCGUCUCACUCUGGUCUGCGUCUCACUCUGCGUCUGCGCCUCACUCUGCGUCUGCGUCUCACUCUGGUCUGCGCCUCACUCUGCGUCUGCGCCUCACUCUGCGUCUGCGCCUCACUCUGUGUCUGCGCCUCACUCUGGUCUGCGUCUCACUCUGCGUCUGCGUCUCACUCUGCGUCUGCGCCUCACUCUGCGUCUGCGCCUCACUCUGCGUCUGCGCCUCACUCUGCGUCUGCGUCUCACUCUGGUCUGCGCCUCACUCUGCGUCUGCGUCUCACUCUGCGUCUGCGCCUCACUCUGCGUCUGCGCCUCACUCUGCGUCUGCGUCUCACUCUGCGUCUGUGCCUCACUCUGCGUCUGCGCCUCACUCUGGUCUGCGCCUCACUCUGCGUCUGCGCCUCACUCUGGUCUGCGCCUCACUCUGCGUCUGCGUCUCACUCUGCGUCUGCGCCUCACUCUGCGUCUGCGCCUCACUCUGCGCCUCACUCUGCGUCUGCGCCUCACUCUGGUCUGCGUCUCACUCUGCGUCUGCGCCUCACUCUGGUCUGCGUCUCAGCCUCACUCUGCGUCUGCGUCUCACUCUGCGUCUGCGCCUCACUCUGCGUCUGCGUCUCACUCUGCGUCUGCGUCUCACUCUGCGUCUGCGCCUCACUCUGGUCUGCGUCUGCGUCUCACUCUGCGUCUGCGUCUCACUCUGCGUCUGCGCCUCACUCUGCGUCUGCGCCUCACUCUGCGUCUGCGUCUCACUCUGGUCUGCGUCUCACUCUGCGUCUCACUCUGGUCUGCGUCUCACUCUGCGUCUGCGCCUCACUCUGCGUCUGCGUCUCACUCUGGUCUGCGUCUCACUCUGCGUCUGCGUCUCACUCUGCGUCUGCGCCUCACUCUGCGUCUGCGCCUCACUCUGCGCCUCACUCUGGUCUGCGUCUCACUCUGCGUCUGCGCCUCACUCUGCGUCUGCGCCUCACUCUGCGUCUGCGUCUCACUCUGCGUCUGCGCCUCACUCUGCGUCUGCGCCUCACUCUGGUCUGCGCCUCACUCUGGUCUGCGUCUCACUCUGCGUCUGCGUCUCACUCUGCGUCUGCGCCACACUCUGGUCUGCGUCUCACUCUGCGUCUGCGUCUCACUCUGCGUCUGCGCCUCACUCUGCGUCUGCGCCUCACUCUGCGUCUGCGCCUCACUCUGCGCCUGCGUCUCACUCUGGUCUGCGUCUCACUCUGCGUCUCACUCUGGUCUGCGUCUCACUCUGCGUCUGCGCCUCACUCUGCGUCUGCGUCUCACUCUGCGUCUGCGUCUCACUUUGCGUCUGCGCCUCACUCUGCGUCUGCGUCUCACUCUGGUCUGCGCCUCACUCUGCGUCUGCGUCUCACUCUGCGUCUGCGCCUCACUCUGCGUCUGCGCCUCACUCUGCGUCUGCGCCUCACUCUGCGUCUCACUCUGCGUCUGCGCCUCACUCUGCGUCUGCGCCUCACUCUGCGUCUGCGCCUCACUCUGCGUCUGCGUCUCACUCUGCGUCUGCGCCUCACUCUGCGUCUGCGCCUCACUCUGCGUCUGCGCCUCACUCUGGUCUGCGUCUCACUCUGCGUCUGCGUCUCACUCUGCGUCUGCGCCUCACUCUGCGUCUGCGCCUCACUCUGCGUCUGCGCCUCACUCUGCGUCUGCGCCUCACUCUGCGUCUGCGCCUCACUCUGCGUCUCACUCUGCGUCUGUGUUGUUUUGGUUGAAUAA